CUCACUCAAAGACACUAUUUUUCGCCCAUUCUCUCUAUCUUCCUACUUGGUCAAGCUCAAAAGAAGGGGACAUGACAGAAUGACAGGAGAUGGACGUUUCAACAAGAUGAAGGGUGAAAUGUGAAAUUAUCAACUCAUAUUCCUCGCCCCUGUGUUAAACGACAACCAUCGGGAACCAGGCGUAAUUGUUAAACAUAAUGAAUUAUUAAGAGCGGCGUCUAUUAACAAGGCUUGACUCUUUCUUGAAGCCCCAAUGGAGCAGGAUGUGGAAAGUCCGGCAGUCAUCACCCGAAAGCCCAAGCUACCCAAGCAGGCUCGCGAGGACCUGCCCAGGCAGCUGGUAGAUCAGGUGCGGGCAAAAAGGAAGAUCCAGAGGUACGUCCGUAAGGACGGCAAAUGUAAUGUCCACCAUGGCAACGUCCAGGAGACCUAUCGCUACCUGACGGACAUCUUCACCACACUGGUGGACCUCAAGUGGAGGUUCAACCUCUUCAUCUUUGUCUUGGUGUACACAGUGACAUGGCUCUUAUUUGGCUUCGCAUGGUGGCUCAUCGCCUAUGUCCGUGGCGACCUGGAACACAUAGGGGACAACCAGUGGACUCCCUGUGUCAAUAAUCUCAACGGUUUUGUCUCAGCUUUUCUCUUCUCCAUAGAGACAGAGACAACCAUAGGGUACGGCUAUAGGGUUAUAACAGACCAAUGCCCAGAGGGGAUCCUUCUGCUGUUGAUUCAGUCAGUGCUGGGGUCCAUAGUUAAUGCCUUCAUGGUGGGCUGCAUGUUUGUCAAGAUCUCACAACCGAAGAAGCGUGCAGAAACAUUAGUGUUCUCCACCAGCGCUGUCAUCUCCGUAAGGGAUGGCCGGCUGUGUCUGAUGUUCAGGGUAGGGGACCUUCGUAACUCGCACAUCGUGGAGGCCUCAAUCAGGGCCAAGCUGAUCAAGUCCAAGCAGACCAAGGAAGGGGAGUUCAUACCCCUCAACCAGACAGACAUGAAUGUGGGUUAUGACACAGGGGAUGACAGGCUCUUCCUGGUGUCCCCGCUCAUCAUCUGCCAUGAAAUCAAUCAGAACAGCCCCUUCUGGGAGAUCUCCCAGGCCGACCUUGACAAAGAGGACCUGGAGAUCGUGGUCAUUCUGGAGGGCAUGGUGGAGGCUACAGGGAUGACGUGCCAGGCCAGGAGCUCGUACGUGACUAGCGAGAUCAAGUGGGGCUACCGCUUCAUGCCUGUGCUCACACUGGAGGAUGGCUUCUACGAGGUGGACUACAACAGCUUCCACGACAUCCAUGAGACCAACACACCCAGCUGCAGUGCCAGAGAGCUGACCGAGAUGAAUUGCCGCGCCCGCCUGCCCCUUACCUGGUCCGUGGCCAGCAAGCUCAGCCAGCAGGGGGUGCUGGAACCUGAAGGCCGCGAGAAGAAGAGUACUACUACCCUGGUAACCCAGGAGGAGGCGCUGGAGGAACAGACAGAGAGGAAUGGUGACAUUGCUAACAUAGAGAGCGAGUCCAAAGUGUAAAGUGGAGCGAGAGAACCUAGGGCCAGGGGGGCUGUGUGAACCGUACUGUGGCAUCUCUUCUCAUGACUGGCUGACCAGGUGAGCUGGUCCCAGGUUAGAGGUCAGGGCCAGGGCAGAAAAGGGGACGGUCUAGCCCGAGGAGCCCUGCAACAAGGACAGCUUAGGCCCUCAUCGGGUCAGUUACCCUCCAAAGAUAGCUGGUAAACGACAAUGGUGGGACUGGAAAUCUCUGCGGGCAAUUGCAUGUUUUGAAAACUUUUUAGUUCUUCUUCAAAAUACAAAUUCCUAUUAUUAUUAUACAUUUUUUAUUCGAAUAUUAAAACCUAUAUAAAAGUAUAUAUUCUAGGGAAUUUGCAUUUGUAUUUUUUGUAUGUACUAUUUGUUUUGUUGCUGAAGUGUGAAUAUUUGACAGGAAGAUGUUUGAUACUGAUUCAUUUAGACCAGGUCUGUACAUAUUCUAUGCCUUAUGUACGAAGCUUUCUUUACAUUAGGGGUUUUCAGAAAUAUAUAAGCAUGUACAAAAACUUAGAAUAAAUUAACUAUAUUGUGUACAUAAGAGAAUAAUGUUGAUUGUAAUAGGCAAGACAAAAUAACUCUUAACAAUUCUGUAUGCAAGCCCUAUAGACUAUUAGACCAAUGGCAUCCUCACAUCCUUGCCCACUUGGCAGAGAUGCGUUAGACCCUGACUGUGCAUGUCCACUAAACAUACCACCAAGAGGUAGUGGGAACUGUCGCCCAUGACCCUCGAGUAUCAUCAGUCCAAGUCUCCCCUCCUUGAAGACCUUUUUGAGCUUAUAGGAUAGGCUUGAUGCAAUACCCUUUAAGUUGGGAAUGGAAGCUGGAAGGGAGAAUAAACUGAAGGGAGUUGAACUAAGUUGCACUUCGGAACUGAGUUGAUGUCUGUGUGACUGUUUUCUCUCCAUUUGUUUUGGCCGUAUUUCUGUUUUGGUCAUAUAACUAAACAUUAAAAUCAACAUAUGCCCAAAUACUACUUUCAAAUAUGAUUUAGGAAUUUCUUCAUAAGAAAAUGACAUAGUAAAUAACAUGUUGGGAAUACAGGGCUUUCAUGUGAAAUCAUCACUGGAGAGUGUGGUGGAAUCUGUCUUAUAUGGCAGUACUGUACCUCACAGUAGGGAGGAGGAAAAUGACAGGAAGGAAGUACAUGCUCCUUUGUUCAGUAGUUGUCUGGCCACGAAUCAAAGCUCCGUUAUGAAAGACUGACCAUCAGAGGCUGUCAAUGUACAUUGUUAAAGAGUAAUAUUCCCUUACCGAGAUGCCUAUUAUCUGAAACCCAGUAUUAUUUUAAUGGUGUCUGUAACCAGCCAGGCCAGACAUGAAUGUAGGCAACUGUAUGUCAGCUGAAGAUAUGGAGGUUGCCAUGGGGAUGAGGUGGUCUUGUUAUGCUACAGACCACAGGCCGGAGUGAGUGUCGUGGAUAGCCACCCAGUGGAAAGUUCCAUGCAGGCCCUCUAGUUACUGGCACUGUAGGGGUUCAUGAUAUAAUCAUGGUACUGUGUAGGGUCUCACUGAAAGUAUAACUGAGGCAAUGUAAACACAGGUCUUGGAGGGGAAAAGGGCUGUCUCUAUUAGAGGUCGGCCGAUUAUGAUUUUUCAACGCCGAUACCGAUUAUUGGAGGACCAAAAAAAGCGGAUUAAUCUGCAGAUUAAAAAAAAAUGUAUUUGUAAUAAUGACAAUUACAACUACUGAAUU